CUGGAGCGCCACAGUCUAACUGAAAUUUCAGCAGAGAAGAACCGCGGUCCUUCGAUAUUCCGGUGGUACAAUCACGAGGAGUAGACUCGCGUCUGUUUUUAAUCCUGCGACAAGUUCGGUGAUUUUUUUAAAAGUCGACUUUGAACGUCGAACCGUACGUUCUGGAGAACUCGAAAAAAUUAGAGCUUCGCUCACUUCGGUGUGCGAACGAUAAAAAAGUGCGGACGUUACUUUCGGUGUUAGUCAAAGUUUGUUAUCGGUGAAACCUUCUUCGGAUCAUCGCUGAAAUACCAAAUUUCGCACAUAAUGUCACCGACGCUGUGCGCUUUUUUGGUUUUAUCGGUAACCGUAGUCGCCGGAUUUGAUCUCGGACCCGCGAUGAGGAUCGCCCAGUGCAGAUCGCUCUGUCUCCGUCGUCAUCGCGAAGUUAAAGAGUGCAAAGAAACGUCGGAUUGCUACAUGUGUUGGGAGACCUGCAGCUUGUUGGAAAACGAUUGGACAGUGUGGGGAUCGGUCUGCCAAGAUGACGAGAAAAUUUGUUUCGCCGGGUGCAAGACGGCCUGCGCCUAUCACGCCACGAGAGUCGAGGAACAAUUCUUACCUUCAACAUUGCCGGCGCCGAUGGCCGGUCCGGUUUACCUCGAGGCGUACGACGUCGCCAUUCUAUUCAGAAAGUUCGACGAAGAUUGGGAGGAGAUGGAGCAGCAACCGGGCGGCGGAAUUAUGCCCCUGAACAAAACUACUUGGAUCGUCGUUGUGGCGGAAGACGGAGUGAGGCAGUACAGCGGUGAAUUCUGGAAGCCGAAUUUGGAGGGACUCAAGGAGGGAGCGCUUUUCGAGGCGAGUUUGAGCUGGAGCGGACCCGACACCGAGGAGAACGAGAUCGCCGAAAAUCCCGAGCAGCGGGAGAUCGACAGCGACAUCGCCAAGCUCAACUCCAAGAUGGCACUGGAUUUCGAGAACGACGAGAUACUGAGGAACGCGUUGAGGAACGAGGAGUCGCGACCGAAAUACGUAGCCCCCAAGAAAACCGGACUCACGAGCGAAGAGUUCGCCGAUCGCGUCGUCCAGACCCCGAGGACCACACGAAAACCGACUUCGGACGUCGGAAAAAUCAAACUCUACUUAGCCUCGGACGCUCGGUCCUACUUCGACGAACAAAAUGCCAGGAUCCUCUCGGACGUCAGACCCGAGAGGAAGGGCCAGUCGACGCCGCCCGAAAUCCAAGUGAACGACGAACUCGAGGAGGCGAUCCAAGCCUCGGAGGAACAACCGGAGAUCUACAACGAGGAGCAAACCCUCAUGGAGACCACCUCGAAGAACAGCGUCGACAAGCUAGCUACCUCGGGGAAAGGUCAACUCGCAAAAUCCAUAGGUCCUUCCUACGUCGUUUCGUGGGAACCAGAAGCUGGGGGACUCAUGGGCAACCAGGUAACGGACACGAGAUCGACCCAGAUAUCGCUUCUCCCUGGAACCAAGUACCUCGUGCGCGUAGCUUCUAACGACGGACCGGGGAGCUUCGCUCUGGAAAUCGACACUACCGUAAAAUCGGUGGAAUACGCGCCCUUGGAAGCCGUCGCGGCGAACGUUCAACCCUGGGCUAUUUUAGCGGGUUGUACGAGCGCAUUGACUUUCGUAGCUUUUGUCGUACUGGUGAAACUCUGCAGAAGAACCACGUCUGACGACAAACUCGAAUACGUCUAAAGGUGGCUUCAACGGAGCGACUUGAAUAAUUGUAAAUAAACUCAGGAUGUUAAGCGGUCUAGGAUUUGAAAUAACGACGACCGUGUGCGAAGAGAGAUUGUUGUACAUAUUUCGAACGAUUACUGCGAAGCUAUGGCUUUCCGAUAUACCUCGUAUCGCGUCAGUUGCUCAAAGUUAGUAAUACGGAGACUGUAAAAGAGUUCCUAUUCAUAGAAAAUAGGCUCAGAUAAUAGCCAAAUACUGUAUUUAUUUGUAAAUAUUAAAUUACUGUACAUACAACAAUUUAGAAAGAAAAUA